AUGCGCCGGUUAGACUCAGAGUCGAGCUCGAACUCGUCGUCGGUCAGGCAUUCGGCGAUGGUCCCACGGCAUCCGGAUCGAGUGGGUAUCCAGCCCAGGGGAUUCUGGUGGUCGCCGCUUGCAGCAGCAAGGGUCGGUGUUGCUGAUGAGAAGAUGAAACCGGUGAUAAAGCAAAUGAGGCAGAACAUGGAGGCACAUGAAAAAGCUGUCAUUUUGAGUGAGGAACUCUCUCUCUCUCUCUCUCUAGUGUGUUCAAAGUUGAAAACAGACUGGCAGGUUCGCCGAGGCAGUUGUGUUUUUACUUAUAACCUUGGUGCUGUGCUAAAUAGGUGCCGCUGA